AUGCUAAGAGCACUAGGUCGAGCAACUUACUUCGUUCGAUUUACUUACUCGAUUCGACCGAAUGUUAUGGUUCAACCAAAUGCCAUCGAAUACUUCAAUCGAAUGUCACCGAGUUUGCUUACCCUGGAUCAAAUUCGAUGGAAUAGUGGCCCAAAUCCUCGACGGAAAAGUUUCUUAGGAAACCUUAUCGAUAAUGUCAAGGAGGAACUGGAAAAGAAUAAAGAAUUGCAAGAACACCAGAAGGAAUUGCGAAAACGAAUGGAGGAGCUGAACGACAGUGAGGCCUUGAAGGACGCCAGGAGAAAGUUUGAAAUUGUGGAAAAAGAAACUCUGAAGAGCUCACAAGUAGUAAAAGCAAAGCUAGAGGAACUGACCGACCAGCUUAGUAAAAUGAUCAAAGAGGUCCAAAAGACAGAAGCAGGGAAGAAGAUUACAGCUGCAGGGACCGAAGCUCUGAAGCAGGCACGUCUUGCUGCUGAGCAUGUGGAAAAAAUUGCGGAGAAAGUAGGAGACACUGAGGUUUACAAGAAUGUGUCAGCAUCAAUGAAAACUGUGAAAGAUGAGAUUGAUACUAUCACUGACGUUCGCAUGUACUGUCGACCAGAAGUGUUGGAAAAAAGGUCAGACGGUUUUUCUGACGCUUUUGCAAGUCGUAGCGUUCAACCGAAUGAAGAAGCCACGGGCGUAACAUUGCACAAGGAGUCACGUUGGUAUGCUGGAUGGAAGAAGUUCUCGGAAGAAAAUAUUCUUGACUGGAAAAUCAGAUAUGAGGAGAGUGAUAAUAUCGCUGUUCGACUAGUGCGUGGGUUGGCAGAGAAGAUAGGCAGUGUUUUUGGUGACGAAAAUCAAGUGUCGGAGGUUCUUACGGAAAUCGCUAAAGUCGAUCCAUCUUUCGAUAAAGGCGAAUGGCUACGAUUUUGUGAGAAGAAGGUCAUACCAAACGUACUUGAAGCGUUUAUACGUGGCAAUUUGGAAGUUCUACAAGAUUGGUGUUAUGAAAGGGCGUUCGUUGCAUUGUCCAAUGUGAUCAAAGAGUAUAAGAAGAUCAACUUUAGUACAUCUGAUAGUCGCAUAAUCGAUAUAAGCAAAGUGGAGAUGGUUUCGGGAAAGAUGAUGGAACAGGGUCCGGUGUUGAUAAUUACUUUCCAAGUUUUUAUGAUUAACGUCGUGAGGAACAGCGAAGGCAAAGUUGUUGAGGGCGACCCGAACACUCCAGUGCGUGUUCACCAUGUUUGGGUAAUGUGUCGUGAUAUGGAGGAGUACCAUUCAGCAGUGGCUUGGAAACUUUUAGAAGUUCACAUGCAACAAGGUCAUCUUUCAAUAUGA